CAGCAACAGUUCAAUAUGUACACGUACGUAAUAGCUAGCUAGCGUUAGGAGCUUUGCCGGUUAAGAUCAUUGGAUGGCUCACAUACCUUAAUGCAGACUCGUAGUGUGCCUUGUCGCUUGCCUCACCAUGAAGCGGCUGCGGUUCCAGAUGAGCGAACACGGAGCAACACAGCCUGGGGAGCAGCUACGGCGUGCUGCGGCCGUGCGGCCGGAGAGCAGGCAACGGUGUCGGAGGUAGCCACGUCGAAGUGAGCGUCGUCGUCGGACUGGUUGCGUGCGCUGCUCUGUCGGGAGGACGCGUCGUCGGAGGCGGCGCCGUAGGCAAGAUGCAAGGCGCAGGAAACUCGUGGCUGAUUUGCAUGCGUGUGGCUAGUUAAACAUGGAAACAUGCAUGCAGACUUUGCAGAGCUGAUUUGAUUCCUUUCCAUCCAUCAGAACAUGCGCGGGAGGCGGGAAAAAAUUGCAUGGGCGCCGCGCGCACCAGCGACGGGGUGCGCCCCCCUCGUGGCGCGUCGGGAUUGGACGGAGUGCACGGGGUCUCGCGCGGCUCGCCCCCUCCCGUCCCUGCGCUCGAUCGCUCCCGGCUCGGCCCCUCGUGCGGCUCGUAGCGCUCGGCUCUGCCUGCGAAUCGUCUUGUUGCGAACUGAAUCGUCUCGUAGCGCUCGGCUCCGCCUGCUAGCGGGAGGCUAUCGUGACCUAGGUUUCCAGGCGUCUGCUGUCGAUUCGUCUUGCCCGCACUACUGCCCACGGCGGAACAGUGGCGCCGGAAUAGGUGUCAUCUCAGCUAUGGAAGAAGGGCUGCGCUGCGAAGCCCUACCCGGCGACGGCCAUGCCGUGGACGGAGCAGAAGGCAGUGACGGCCACGCCGUCGACGGAACAGCAGGCAGCGACGGCCACGCCACCGACGGGGCAGAAGGCGGCGUGCCCGCGACGUCCCUGGGCGAUCGCGAGCAAGCUAUUCUGUCGUCGUCGAUCCUCAGAUUAAAUGCUCCUUCUGAGAAUCAUGAUGUUGCUUGCGAUCGUGGAGAAGAGGAACAACAAAUACCACAUGUUGGAGCAGUGGAGAUUGAAGUACCAAAUGAGGAUGUGGUUGAUAAAUAUGCUGAGAUGGCACCUAAAGUUGGAAUGACUUUUGACCGUGAGAAAAAAGCUUAUGAGAUGUACAAUACCUAUGCUGGACUUGUUGGCUUCAGUGUUAGAAAGAGCAUGACGAAGCGCCGCAAAUCAGAUGAUAGUUUAUCUCAGAUGGACUGUGCAAAAGAUCGUAGUAGAGCACAACCAUUAUCUUGCCAGUCCAAAUAAGAUACAUAAGUUGAGGUCCCAACGAGAGAUUAUAGAGGCAGAUAGAAAAUUAAUUGGGCAGGCACGGCGGUCUGGAAUGAAGCCAUCCCAAGUUUUCAAUUUUAUGAAGGAGCAUUAUGGAGGGGAAGACAAAGUACCAUUUACUAAGAUGGAUUGCUAUAAUGAGAUUGGUCGCGAGCGCAGACAGUACUUAGAAGGCAAUGAUGCACAAACAUUAUCUGAAUAUCUGAGAAAUAAACAAGCCCAGGACCCAAUAUUUUUUUAUGCAGUUGAGGUGGACAAGGAUACUGGUCAUAUAGCAAAUUUCUUUUGGACAGAUGGUCAGUCUAUCAUGGAUUACAAAUGCUUUGGUGAUGCUGUGUCCUUUGACACCACAUUUCAAACAAAUAAGUUUGAAAUGCCUUUUGCUCCGAUUCUUGGCACCUACCAUCACAAGCAAAUAAUAAUUUUUGGGUGUGCACUCAUGUUCAA